CGCCUGCCUUCCACGGAUGCAGGGGACGCAGGCUCACAUGUUCUGCCGGCCCCCUGGGGAUCUCUGCGGAUGGAGCGGCCGAGGCACCAGGGGAUGGCGAAGAACACGUACAUGCGCUGGCGGCUCCCACUCGUCUGCCUCCUCUGGGAGGUGGCUAUGAUCAUCCUUUUUGGGGUCUUCGUGCGCUUUAGUCCUGAAGCUGAUGCACACUGGGAGGAAGAGAAGCAAACGAUGAAUGUGACCAGUGACAUAGAGAAUGAUUUCUACUUCCGAUACCCGUCUUUCCAGGAUGUCCAUGUGAUGAUCUUUGUGGGCUUUGGCUUCCUCAUGAUGUUCCUCAAGCGUUAUGGAUUUGGAGCCGUGGGUUUCAAUUUCCUCCUCGCUGCCUUUGGGAUCCAGUGGGCUAUCCUGAUGCAAGGCUGGUUCCACUCUUUUGAGACUGGAAAGAUCCUCAUUGGAGUGGAGAACCUGAUCAAUGCUGAUUUCUGUGUGGGCUCUGUGUGCAUUGCCUUUGGGGCCAUCCUGGGCAAAACCAGCCCCAUACAGCUCCUCGUCAUGACUUUGUUUCAAGUCACACUCUUUGCAGUGAAUGAGUACAUCCUGCUCAACCUGCUUCAUGUUAAAGAUGCAGGUGGCUCCAUGACCAUUCACACCUUUGGGGCCUACUUUGGCCUGACCAUGACACUCAUCCUGUAUAGACCCAACCUGGAGCAGAGUAAGGACAAGCAGGGCUCUGUGUACCACUCUGACCUCUUCGCUAUGAUCGGUACCCUGUAUCUGUGGAUGUACUGGCCCAGUUUCAAUUCAGCAAUUUCUGAACACGGGGAUGCCCAGCACCGGGCUGCCAUUAACACGUACUGCUCACUGGCUGCUUGUGUCCUCACUACAAUGGCCUUCUCCAGCAUGCUGCAGAAGAAAGGCAAGCUUGACAUGGUUCACAUCCAGAAUGCAACACUGGCUGGUGGCGUGGCUGUGGGCACCAGUGCGGAGAUGAUGCUGACUCCGUAUGGCUCCCUCAUUGUCGGGUUCAUCUGUGGCAUUGUGUCCACAGUGGGGUAUGUCUACCUCACGCCUGUUUUGGAGUCCAGGUUGCACAUCCAGGACACAUGUGGCAUCCACAACCUCCAUGGCAUGCCGGGCCUUAUUGGGGGCAUUGUGGGAGCCAUCACUGCAGCUGCAGCCACGGAGGAUGUGUAUGGAAAGGAAGGGCUUAUCAAGGCCUUUGACUUCACUGGCAGCUACAAGACCCGGACACCCAGUGUCCAAGGAGGUUUCCAGGCAGCUGGCAUUGUUGUAUCUCUGGUCAUGGCUUUCGCUGGGGGGGCCCUUGUGGGAGGCAUCCUGAAGCUGCCGAUCUGGGGCGAUCCCGCGGACGAGACCUGCUUUGAGGAUGACGUCUACUGGGAGGUGCCCGAGGACGAGGAGAGCGGCCUGUACCACAUGCACAACGCCGGCGACAAGCCCGCCUCCCCCUGAGCCGCCGCGCCGCGCACCCGGGGGCCCAGGCUCCGCGGGCGCUGGGGGCGCGGCGCGGCGGGGCGGGCCCGGCCUCCCCUGCGGAGGCGCCGCCGCGGCCUCCUGCGGGUGCCCUCGGGUGACGGGGCGCCCCUUGCCCGGCGCCUCCGGAGAGCCCUUCCCGCCCAGAGCGGCCUCGGCCUCGCUGCCUCGGCCCUGCCCCGUGUGGGGAGGCCGCGGGGCCGCGUGCAAGUGGGCCGGGGAGCACAGGCCACGGGGCGGAGCGGGCGGCGGGGUGGGUGCCCUCCUGCCGCCGCGCCAGGGAGCAGGGCGGGGGGUUGUGCCGUGUCUCUGUACCUCCGGGGAGCAGUUCAGCAUCGGCUAGGCCCUGCGUGUCCCAGCAAGGAGACCCGGGAGCAGUGGAGACCUCCGCUCCCAGCUGCUGCAAGCGGCUGCCCUUCAAGGGACUGCGCCUGCACAGGCCGGGGUGCGUCACCAUCCCAGCACCCUCUGGGGAAGCACGACCACCCCGUGCUGCGGACGGGGAAACUGAGGCACACACUUUGCCCAAAGCCUGGACAGCCAGAGCCCCUCGGCUCUGUUGCUUUGCUCUAUCGCCUUCUGGUGAAAGCUUAUUUUCUGCCCAUGGCAGCAGCACUCCAAGCUCCCACGCUGUCCUGCCCUUCUCUCUCCUUUUUGUAAUUUGUUCUUGUGAAUAAACUAGCAAUAUGUUUUUCUUUCCAUGA